AUGUUUCAGCGAUCCUCGUCCGGGACCAAUCUAGCCGACAUAGGCCUGUCGUCCGUCAAGCGCGCCUCCGUCGCCGGCUACAACCCAAACACCACAGCGUCGCUCAAGCCGUACCACACCCCCGGUCCCUCCGCCGACAAUGACCGCCGUAGCAGCGUCUACCGCGCACGCCCAUCCGCAGUUGCCGGACCCAUGAGCGGCCACCAGAGCUUCUUCCAGCAGGCGCCCCAAGCCGCCGGCGUGCCACGAGACCCGCGCCCGCUCAAGGACAGGUCGUACCAGAACCGGAUCGGGCAGGAGCUGAUCGACUACCUGGCCAAGAACAACUUUGAGAUGGAGAUGAACCAUAAGCUGUCCGACAACUUCAUAAAGUCGCCGACGCAGAAGGACUUCAACUACAUGUUCCAGUGGCUCUACCGCCGCAUCGACCCCGGUUACCGUUUCCAAAAGAACAUUGACCAGGAGGUGCCGCCACUUCUGAAACAGUUACGGUACCCCUACGAGAGGUCCAUCACCAAGAGCCAGAUCGCGGCGGUGGGAGGUCAGAACUGGAGCACGUUCUUGGGGCUCCUGCACUGGAUGAUGCAGCUGGCCCAGAUGUUGGAGCGCUAUGCUCUCCGCGAGUACGACGAUGCGUGCUUGGAAGCGGGGGUCGACGACUGGCUCAAUAUGGAUGACGAUGCCGGUGACGAGGACGUCGAGAAGGCGCUGGCACCGCACGUCCAGGCGAUGGCGCGCGACUUUGAGCGUGCCAACGCCAAGUACAUCCAGGAGAUGGAGAUGCUCGAGGGCGAGAAUGCGCGGCUGCUCAAGGAGAUCGAGGAGCUCGAGAAGUCCACCCCCGACCCGGCCGUGCUCGACAACCAUUUUAAGAUCAUGGAGGAGGACAAGGCCAAGUUCGAGGAGUACAACACGCUCGCCCUGCAGCGGUCGGAAAAGUACGAGGGCCGGAUCCAGGUGCUGCAGGAAGAGCUCGACAAGCUGCAGGGCGAGCUGAAAGAGGCCGAGGACGAGCGGCGCCGGCUGAAGGAGGCUGUGGACGACCAGGGGAUCAGCAUGCAGGAUAUCGACCGCAUGACUGCCGAGCGGGAGCGUCUCCAGAAGAGCAUCGAGUCGGCGGAACAGCGGUUGGAGGACGUGAAGCGCAAGGUGACCGAGCGGGAGAUGGAGGCCAGCCAGCGGCUAGACGACCUCGAGCGCGCCGUCGACCGCUACAACACGGUCGCCUACCAGAUCGGCCUGAUACCCUCCACGGCCGUAAACGCCAAGGGGCGCGACUACGAGCUCCAGGUGACGGUCAACGGAGGGUCCAACUUCACAUCGUCCCAGCUCCAGGGCUCGUACAGCGCCGGCGACGGCGAUCGGCUGCUCGCGGACCCGGUCACGGGAUACCAGCCCGCGCACGUGCUCAACCUGGACCUCAGGGGGCAAGUUAAGAGCAGCUUCCUGGCGCUCCGCAAGGAGGUGUCGGAACGGCGCAAGGCGGCCAUCGACGCCAUGAUGGAGGACCACGACCUGCUGGACCGGGCCAAGGAGGCCAUCGAGGACAAGCGCAACGAGGUCGAGGCGCUCGAGCACCGCGUGCGCGCCGCCGAGGAGGAGUACGAGAGGACCAAGGAGGUGACCACGGCCCAGAAGCUCGCGUCCGACGCCCAGAUCGAGAAGAUGGAGAAGGAGCUGGCCAAGAUGAGGGCCCAGCUGACCGAGUCGGUCCAGCUCAUGGAACAGAGGGAGAUGAAUACCAACAUUGAGUAUGAACAACUGACCCUCCGGGCCAACGCGCUACGCGAGGAGCUCCACACCGAGACGAUGCGCAUGCUCAACGACGUCAUCAAGUUCAAGAUGCAUAUCCAGAAGAGCUUGGAGGAGUAUGAGACUUUUGUGGCUGACGAGCUCGAAAAGGAGCUUGGCAGUGACGAAAUGAGAGAUGAUACCCAGUCACUCGACAUGUGA